AUGAGUGCCAAGGUAGCCCCACUCAAGGUUAAGGUUUCAAAAUACGUCAACAGUUCUGGUGCAUCUGUAGCUCAAACGUUCUUCGAAGACGAAAUGACGAGUCAGAGAGCUGUGCAGGAGCACAUUCCUUUUGCCAAACCUCCCCACCUCGUGAACUCCGAAGCAAAUCUGAAGCCUUUCAGUAUCAACAUUCCAGAGGAACAUGUUGUGGCGCUGAAAAAGCUCUUGGAGUUAUCCCGACUUCCUAUCCCCAGCUGGGAGAGCUCAGAGAGAAGUCCGUAUUUUGGAGUAUCGCGAGAGUGGAUGAAGAAAGCUACCAACCAGUGGCUUAACGAUUACAACUGGCGCGAGUGGGAAGCAAAGUUCAACGACCUUCCGCAGUACACCAUCGAUGUUCUGGAUAAUGACCAAACACAUACGUACUCCUACACGGUUGGCCUGGAUCUGUCUUUGAACGCCCUGAAAUAUCACAUUGUUGUGCCGCACCUUACUGGAUUCGGCUUUUCAUCCCCGCCCGACAAGGACUUCACUUGGAAUGACAACGCGCGUAUCAUUUCCAAAAUGAUGCACCUGUUGGGGUUCGGGAAGACAGGCUACGUGGCUCAGGGAGGAGAUCUCGGUUCGGCUGUUGCGCCCGCAAUCGCGGUCCACGACUCGGCCUGUAGACUCGUCCACUUGAACAUGUUUGUCAUGCCUGCACCGAAAGGGGUUGACCUGGAGGAUGAUAUCUCAAAGGGCGUCUAUCGAGAUGCCGAAGUAUGGGCUUUGAAGGGAGGCAGCAACAUUCGCAGUAGUGGAUUCGCGUAUGCCGAUCUCCAGGCAACCCGCCCUUCAACGGCGGGAUUCGUCAUUGGCAGUAAUCCGGUCAGCCUGCUUGCCUGGUAA